AUUUAACGUUCGCCGCGCGGACGGCUGGGACGGCAGUGCUCCGCUUGCGCAGCAGCGUGUUACGUCGCGGCAAGAGCUCCCGUCCGAAGGGACACCCGUCGUCGGAAGCCCCCCCCGGGACAAAGCCUCUCUCUCUCUAUCUAUCUCUCCGGGGCGAGGAAGCGGCGAGCGAGCUCUCCCGUCUGCGGUCGUCGAUAAUAAAAAAGUCGCGUGAGCGAGGUAAUCGUCGCGGCGGGCCGCCGAAAGUAAAGGAAGUGGAGGAAUAAAAACACAGGGGGAGGAGAGCGGAAGGAGUUCGCGUGCACAUCAGGGAAUUCGUCGUCCUCGCGGCCGCCGAAGAUGCCUCCGUCGUGCUUCGAGGUGAUCCUCGUCGGCUUCAUCCUCGUGCUGCCGUUCCUGUACGAGACCAGCCGCACCUUCCGCUACUACUUCAAGUUCCUCAUCUACUACGGCAUCGUGAUGGUGAACGCGGUCCUCCUCAUGCCCGUCAUCUCGCUGCGGCCCGGCAACGUCAAGAAUUUCCUACUGGCAUCGUCGUUAUGCCAUCACAUAAGUGCUCUGCUAGGUCUGCGAUGGGAGCUGCGAGGAAGGGAGCACUUGGAGAAGAACAGGGCAUGUAUAAUCGUGGCGAACCACCAGAGCUCGCUGGACAUAUUGGGGAUGUUCGAUCUCUGGCCGGUGAUGGACAAGUGCACCGUCGUUGCCAAGAAGGAAAUCUUCUAUGCAUGGCCGGUCGGCCUGGCCGCGUGGUUGUGCGGCCUGAUUUUCAUCGACAGAAUGAACUCCGAGAAAGCGCGAUCCGCCCUCAACACCGCCACGAAGGAGAUCACGGAGAAGAAGAUCAAGCUGUGGAUAUUCCCCGAGGGCACCAGGCACAACACCGGUGAGAUACAUCCGUUUAAGAAGGGUGCCUUCCACGUCGCGAUCAGGUCGCAGUUACCCAUACUACCAGUUGUAUUCUCCUCUUAUUAUUUCUUAUCCGCGGAAGAGAAAAGAUUUGAUUCCGGACACAUCCUCGUGACGACAUUGCCGCCCAUCUCAACCGAGGGACUCAGUACGGACAACGUGGAAGAAUUAAUAGAAAAAACGCGAACCGCCAUGAGUGAGGUGUUUCACGCGACGAGUCGCGAGAUUCAACAGUCCCUUUCUGUCCGGUAAGACGUACAUCGAAUGAUCAUUAUUGGACUAUAACGAGAACGAGCUCGUCUUACAUAAGCGAGCGAGUAAGUUUACUUCUUUACAAGAGUAUUAGCGAAUAAGCCUCCACGCGGGAACCAAAGACUAAGCGUCCGAUUGUUAACGUUCUCUUAUUGUAUAUUAUUGAUAAUAUGAUAUAAUAUCUUAAUUUAUAUUUUAAUAUGUCUCCAAAACUCAGAGAAAGUGGAUAGCGAUUUUAUACGAUACACCCGUAUCUACAUUCUUCUUUUUUCUUAAUUUUUUUAUUCAUUGCAUAAAUCGCGCGAGAACGUAGACGGUUCUUCACUAUUCGUAAUUAAAUUAUCGAGUAAUUUUUAUUGUUGAUGUACAAUACAUCAUUUUCGAUACACGAAAGUUUGGACGAAUUGAUUACUGCGUAGAACGAACGUUUUAGUUCAGAGAUAUGCGUUUUAAAGCGAAAGGGAAAAAAAUGCGUACGAUAAAAUAAGUAUACAAUUGGAAGAGUUAUAUGCGUCGCUGAAAAAUUAUAAACCUUGUUUCUUAAUUAAUUAGACGUAAUUUGAAGAAACCGCAUACAUGAAGUAUAUGGUACAUACUCUUUAUCGUGAACGCGAAGAGAGCGAAAAAGAAAAGGAAAAACUUUCGAUAUGUAUAUCAUGAUUUUUCAUAGAGUUACGGGUUGUAAAUAUGAUUCGUUAAUUAGAAUGCAUUUUUGCAUAAAUUGUGAAAACAUUACUAACGUUUAUACUUAACUUUGUACUAAAUUCCAUUAGAUAUAUUUUGCUAUGUAUAAGAUACGCUUGUACAUUCCCACUCGUCUGUUUUAUGCUUCCACUCGUUUCCGUAUGAUUAUCUGUAAAGGGAUUAAGAUACAUAUGAUCAUAGGAGAAAUGCACUUUAAUUUUAAAUGUCUAAAAGAGGGAAAAAAUUUCGACGUUCUUUCAGAGUGAUUUUCUGAAUGUAUAUUUUCUCGUGAAAUUUAACUUCGGUUGUUGAUUGACUGGUCAUUGUAAAUCGAGAUAAUUGUUCAUAAUCGAGAUGAUAAGAGAAAUAAUAUUUUAAUCGGAAGAUAAUGUAUUAAAUUUGAAGCACAUUGUGCUGCAGUGUACAUAUGUUUCACGAUUAGUUAUAAUUGCGAUAUCGCGAUAAAAUAGUCGUGAUCGGCGCGUCCCAGGUAGCAGAGUGACGUCAAAUUACGUAUUAAUUCCGUCUUAAUGACGUCCUCUAACGUCAUUAAGACGUUUUUAGACGUCAUCUUGCUAACUGGGGUGGUAAUCUUUUCGACAUUAAAUUUUAAUCCUUAGACAUUCCUCGAAUGAUCUACUGCACGUUUAAAUAGUACUCGUAAUAUGGACGAAAUGCGAUAUCCUAUAAUUAAGGUUAAUAUCUUUUUUUACUUUAUUUUCCAAAUUGUGUUCAGUUUAGCGUAGUUUACGUGAUGCUUUUCUGUUAAUAACCUGUCGCGGCAGUUUAAUGCAACUAGCAUCACAAUGAUAGCUGACAAUUAAAAAUCUAGUUGACAAAAAAAAAGUAUUACGCAAACUACGCUGAUAUUUUUCUUCCAAGAGUCAUUGCUAGGAUUCAGAAUAUAUAUGCUACCACAAAUAUAUUCACUGGGCACGUGUCUCAGUUUCCGAUAUUAUAAAGAAAAAAACGAAUGAGUUUGUUGCAGAAUCACAAACGCUUGCUCACAGCCGCAAAUUCUAGCUAUCGCGUACUAACGUACAUUAUAACUAACGUACUAACGAUCGUUAUAACUAACGAUCAACAUGAUCAUUCAAUCGUUUGCGCGAUUUCCGCAUCUGUGGUACCGUUUACGUUCUGCAUCAAAUAUAAAUUUUCUUGUAAGCUGCAACGGUCAUACGAUACUUAGCACAAUCUGAACAAUGCUAUAAUCGUUUUUGUUUAGCUGUUAAAGCGAGAGUAGUGCACUUUCGCAUUGACUUUCAACAGCUUCCUGUAAUUUUUAAAUGAGUAUAUUCAAGUAAACUUCUGCUUAAGUGUCCCAGAUAGCAAAACGAGUGUGCAAAAAUAUGCAAACCUAUUGCUGAAAACAAUUUAUAUGUAUUGUUGCCACAAACAUUGCGUAAACAUGAAAAAAAAAAACUUUAAUAUGACAUACAAAUUACAAACGUUUUGGUCUUACUUUUAGAUCUCUUCAGUGUCAUACAUAAUAAUUAAAGUUAAGAUCGAGUUGCGUAAAACACAUAAGAUAGAGUGUCGAUGUGUUCUUUAAACCAAUGGUCAAGGUGUAAAUUUGGUUAACAAGAUCGACUAAUGGCAUAUCGCGAAAUCGACUGCUACCAAAGUACCAAAGUCAACCUUGCAUUAAUAGUGCCUGAAUUCGAUACGAGUCGAUGUUUUCUGUCUAAUCCUUGCUUUAACACCGGCGUCUCGCUCUUAUUUGCCUUAUUAUUAAUUUGAUAUCUUGAUAUUAUCGAUUGUAUAGCUUAAGAGCGAUUUUCUUGUUUCUAUUAAAUAAACUGUUGUUUGAAACAAAUUCAAUAUUGACGCUGAGCAUUUGCGGGCGCAGCUUUACAUGCUAUUUGCGCAAACACUCGUCACGAGUUUACGCACAUAUUUCGUAAAUAUGACAGGUGUUUUGCUAUCUGGGAUAUAUUAUACAAAUACAGAUAUUUUAAGAUUUCAAUUACCUCGAUCAGUCGAAUGUUCUACAACGCAUUUAAAAAGUCACACACACGAGCGAUCUAUGUACAAAAAUCGAUCAAAUUUCAAAAUUUAUGUUACGAUGACAGUGUUAUGUCCAUAUUAUAUGUAUGUUAAUCUAUUCGGAAAAUUAUUAAUUUGGUUUAUAAAUUAUUUUUAUAAAAUUCUUUGAAUUUCCGCGCUACGCGAUUCACAUUAACGUGAUCGUACACGAUCCUAACCGGCUGGUUAUUUUUAAAUGCGUAACACGAAUUGAGUUGUGUUACUUUAAGAAUGUGAACGACUCAUUUAACGAAAUAUGUAUCCUUUUAAGAAUCGUUUUUAGAUUAAGACUUCGUGUACACUCUUCUCGUUGCGGCUGUUAUAUGUUACUAUAUUAUUAUAUGAGAUAUUCGUCAUGAGAGAUGAUUAAGCUGCAGGAAUAUUUUUAUAUCAUGACCAAAAUGAAUCGAGAUAUGUGGCCAUUGCGAAAUAUAUAUACAAUCUUGUUUAUCGGAUACUUCUUAGUCAAAAAGACGUCUCGGACGUCAAUUUCGAUAACAACGUAUCAAUACAUGAAAGCAUCGCGACAUCGACAUCUGAUAAAGAAACGUAAUUUAUGAAGAAUGCUAUUUGGAAUUUCGAGAUCUCGUGUUAAUCGAUCAUAUAGUUGCAAUUAAGUAAACGGAACACUUUCGAACGAAUCGGUCGCGUUAGAGUGUUAUCUUCCUGAUUGAUUAAAAAAACGCACAAUUUUCAAUCGUACGCUGUUAACGCUGCGUUUAACAUACGAUUUCUAGUAUAAUCGAAUAAUGUUUCGUGCAUAAAUAAAAAUAGACAAUUUGGAGUAAAGUUUUUGCAACUUAGAAACUAAAAAAUCUUUUUUUUUCGAAUCUUCAAGUAAUGUGUCGACGUCUAUCCUUCUUCUCGAGAAUAGCAUAAGUUUCAUUAUCGAUUUAUCAGCAUGUACCACUUAAUUAUGUAAAUGCGAUUAAUUGCAGAUACGUAUGGAACAUCUGUGAUUCAUUGUAAAUUACUUAAAAACAUCUUAACGAUGCUACUACAUUUAACCAGAACGUCGUCAUCAAAGAUUUAUCGUCUCAGUGCCAAUUUGCAAAAAAAAACACGAUAGUUUCAUAGGCAACGCAUCAUUCCAUUCUUACCUUAGUAGACGCGGAACUGUAGAUUUGAGGUUUUUUUUAACUGCAAAUGUCUCGAUCGUUUUAUGAGAGAACGUUAUGUAAAACUAGCGUAGCUUAUUACUUAUAUUCCAAAGAGUUUUGUACUUGGGCUGUGCAUUUGUCAUGAUGUAAUAUUAAUAUAAAUCAAUUGACCAUGGUAUUCGAUUGAACACUUAAUGAACGUUAAACGACAUCGCAAACAGGAUUCAACGAACUGUUGCAUCUAGGUCAUACAAGUCCUUUAUUUAUCUGCGAAGCGCGAUCCACAGUUGAUCGAGCUUAUCAAGAAUGUUUUGUAUAUUAUAUCGAUAACAAUCACGAUGUAAAUUAAAGAAUGGUUUGCGAAGUUCAAGAGCAGAUAAUAAAGAUAUCUGUUUUUAGUUAAUUGAA